GCUCCAGGCGACCGGAGGUGCCCGGGCCGGCCCCUCGAUUGACUGGAGAUCUGCAGUGGGGCAACGUGAGGGUGCCCUGCUCGGGGAAAGCGUUUUGAGCCCGCUCCUCUGCAGCGCCGUUCUCCCUGUCAGGCUACCAGGUACGUGCUAGACCACAGCCUACAUGGGGAAAAAGAAAGAUAAAAUAAAUGUCUCGCAGUGCCUGGGGCUCCCAGUCCUGUCUGGGCAUGGUGCUGCUUGUGAUAAGAUGUUUUUCAACAACAACAAAAAGCAUUCUCUAACCACAAUUAACUGCCUUGCAAAAUCCACUUCUUCUGAACUCUGCUUGUCCGGUUCUGCUUUUGAUCAACACUUAUAUAAAGAUGGUAAUCAUUUUAAUAUCAUCUCCUUCCCAAACAGCUCAAUGACACCUAGAAAAAAGUUACAGGGUCUUGUAGCUGCUACAGUCACUCCAAUGACUCCUGAUGGACAAAUAAACCUUUCGGUGAUUGGUCAAUACGUCGACUAUCUGGUAGGCAAGCAGAACAUCAAGAACAUCUUUGUGAAUGGCACAACAGGAGAAGGACUGUCCCUUAGCACCCAGGAGAGGAAACAGCUGGCAGAAGAAUGGGUGUGCCAAGGAAAAGACAAAUUGGAUCAUGUGAUCAUUCACGUGGGAGCACUGAGUCUGCCAGAGUCCCAGGAGUUGGCAAGACAUGCAGCUGCCAUAGGAGCUAGUGCUAUUGCUGUGAUAGCCCCCUUCUUCUUCAAACCUACAAACAAAGAUGAACUGGUUGCUUUCUUACAGAAGGUUGCGUCUGAAGCCCCUGAAGUUCCAUUUUAUUACUACCACAUUCCUCCUCUGACAGGUGUGAAGAUUCGUGUUGAAGAGUUGCUGGAUGGAAUAAAAGAGCGGAUUCCCACCUUCCAGGGUGUGAAGUUCAGUGACACAGACCUCUUGGACCUUGCACAGUGUAUAAACAAGAAUGAGGCAGAGCAAUUUGAAUUUCUUUAUGGGGUGGAUGAGCAACUGCUGGGUGCACUGGCAAUAGGGGCAAAUGGAGCAGUUGGAAGUACAUACAACUACUUGGGGCAAAAAACCAAUCUGAUGUUGCAAGCCUUUGCGAAGCCAGACCUUGUGUUAGCGCGGAGGUAUCAGUUUCUUACAGGGGAAUUUCUCAAUUUUGUCAUCAAGCUAGGUUUUGGUGUUGCGCAAACUAAAGCUGUCAUGACUUUUGUUUCUGGCAUUCCCAUGGGACCUCCACGGCCUCCCCUCAUUGAUGCCUCUGAGGAGUUCAUCAUCAAGGCCAAAGCCAAGCUGGAUAGCAUUGUGUGGCCUGAUGGCAACUGAUGUUUGUUUCCAUGUCACUCUGGAAGUGGAGGUUCCUUUUCUGGUAUUCACUGUCAUGUGGCACACUCCCCAUGUGAUGGGCUGUAAUUUCUUUCAGGGAAUUGGCAAUGUGCCUCAGCCCCUGUGCUGGCUUUGUUGUUGCACAUGCAGCCCUUUUUAGUGUAACUUCACUCUGCUCUCCUGGAGCUCUGCACUUGCCAGGACUAGCUGGUAUCUCUUAAUAAAAAAAGCAAAUUUUCCUCAGUCGGAGAAUACAAAGUCCUUUUAUCUAGACAGAAUGAAGAUCUGUCUCCCAUCUUCUCUUGAUGAGCACUAUACUGUGUAUUUAAACAAUGGUGUGACACUGGCUGCUCACACCAGCCUUACUGGCAGAAUCACUGGGACACUGAACAUAUGAAAUCCUCUUUUGUCUUAUCUCACUGUAUAUAUCUUUACUGAAUGCAAAAUUAAAAGAAUCCUUUUGCAACAGAAAACUUUCAUCUCUCUAAUGGGCAGACAAUUGUCCAUCUUUUUCCUUGUGGUGAAAAUGAAGCCACAAUUGAGCUGUGCAUCUCUCCAUUGCAAUGCAGAAUAAUGUCUUCCAUGUCAGAACAUCACCUACUGUGGGAUUAAAAUGUGCUUGUUUGCACUCAGGACUUCUCUCCACCAGCUUGAGCUUUUACUCUCUGACAGAAAAUGUGGCUGAGAAAUGUGAGGUCUCAUGCCCUUCAUCCCUUGCCCCAGAUCUCCUGACAGGGAUGA